AUGAAGAUGAGAGUUUUAUAAGUUUUAACUCUAACAAAAGGCAAAGGCACAGUAUGGAAUAAGAUGAUUAGUCCUCUAAUAAUGUGGAGAGAUUCAGUGAGUUUACUUUUGGAACCUUAAUACUUGGUGAAGGCAGAAUAAUUAGAGGACUAAGCAUUAGAUGACAAUCAAUCUGAGAUUUCAUUAGAUUUUAAUCUUGACUCUCGAAAUGAAAGGGAUACAGAGGCAACAGUAUAAGAAUGUAUUGUAGAGGCAAAGAAGACUGAUAACUACGAGAACAAACUCAUUGAGGAUUGGCUUAAGGAAAUUGAUAUGAGAUACCAGAAUGAAAGUGCUAUGGAGGAUGAGACUAUGGACUUAAGAAGGUCUAGUUCAAAUGACAAUGACUCACUGCAAUUCCCAAAUUAAUAAACCAAGCUAGAGUAGUAGACUAAGAUACAAACCCUUGACCCGAAUUCUAUUUACAUGGCAUCCAGAAAUGAAUCUCUGAUUGAAAAGUAAAUAAAUUAGAACAGGCUUGCAACAAAGUAUCCAGUAUUCAAAGAUGUGAAAGGCCAGUGGAGCUAUAACUACGAGGCUGAAGAGAAAAAGAAAUUCAAGGGAGAGUUAGCAUGGGAUCCUAACAAACUUCAACCUCACGUAGUCGAUGAAUACUUAAGGGAGGUGGCUGUUAUUUGGCCUAAAUGCACUGGUAUGAAAGAAGAAAUAGCUCUGAAAAUAUUGGUGAUCAACAAUUUCAAUGUAGAGGUUGCCCUUUCUAAACUCAAGUCUAGAGAAACUUCUUUGGAUAUUGUGAGACUUAUUAACGAAAUGACUCAGCAUGAUGCUAAGAUAGAAUUUCUCAAGUUCUUAACUAAGCUUUUGUGA